AUGGCCCGGAAGGUCGCGCAGCGCAGGCCGGCGGCGCCUCCCGCACCGCCCGCGGCCAAGAAGGUGGUCAAGGUUCCCUCGAGGGCGGCCAAGAGCGCGGCGCCGAAGAAGCAGAAGCUUCCCGAGCCCUCCUCCGACGACGACUCCGAGGCGGAGCAGCAGCCGCUCCACGAGGAGGAGGAGGAGGAUUCAGACGUCGACGCCCCCUCCGACUCCGACGCCGAUGAGCUCUCUGGCUCGGACGCCGGUAGCAGCGAGGAAGAGGAGGACGACGAGGAGGAGGAGGAGGAGGACGACGACGACGAAGAAGAAGAGGACGACGACCCCCUCGCCGGCGACUUCCUUGCCGGCAGUGACGACGACAGUGACGAGGGGGGCGACUCUGGAGAGGAAUCAGAUGGGUCUGAUGACCUCGAGGCAAAGUCAGCAGCUCUUGAUCGACAGAAGGAGCAGAUUGAAGAAGAUGCAGCUGCGGACCUUGCACUCAACAUAAGAUCAGAAUCUGAUGAAUUCCGGUUGCCCACCAAGGAGGAGUUGGAAGAAGAGGCACUUGGACCACCUAACCUUCCAAAUCUUAAAAGGAGGAUCUCGGAAAUUGUACGGGUACUCUCAAACUUUAGCAAGCUGAGGCAAGAAAAUGUUGCCAGAAAAGAUUAUGUUGAUCAGUUCAAGACGGACGUGAUGGCGUACUAUGGAUACAAUGAAUUUCUCAUUGAAGCAUUUGUUGAGAUGUUCCCAGCUGUUGAGGUUGUUGAGCUACUUGAAUCAUUUGAAAAAAGACCCCCUGAGUGCUUGCGUACAAAUACACUAAAGACCCGUAGGAGGGAUCUUGCUGCUGCUCUUAUUCCUAGAGGGUUUAAUCUGGAUCCGAUUGGAAAAUGGUCAAAGGUAGGAUUAGUUGUGUACGACUCCACUGUUUCGUCUGGCGCCACUGUUGAAUAUAUGGCAGGACAUUACAUGAAACAAGGCGCGAGUUCCUUUUUGCCAGUGAUGGCUCUUGCUCCACAGGAGAAGGAGCGAAUAGUUGAUAUGGCAGCUGCCCCAGGUGGCAAGACCACAUACAUUGGAGCUCUGAUGAAAAAUACUGGAAUAAUCUAUGCAAAUGAGCUUAACGAGAAAAGGUUGCAUGGACUGUUGGGCAACAUACAUCGCCUGGGUGUGACAAAUACCAUAGUUUGUAAUUAUGACGGUAAAGAGCUCCCCAAAGUACUUGGAAUGAACUCAGUUGACAGAGUACUGUUGGAUGCGCCCUGCACAGGCACCGGAACCGUUUGGAAGGAUGCACAAAUAAAAACAUCUAAGGACAUCGAUGACAUCAGGAAUUGUGCUUUCGUACAAAAGCAAUUGCUUCUGGCUGCUAUUGAUUUGGUUGACGCCAACUCCAAAACUGGUGGUUACAUUGUUUACUCUACUUGUUCGAUGAUGAUUCCAGAAAAUGAAGCAGUCAUCGACUAUGCCCUUAAAAAGAGAGAUGUAAAGGUUGUUCCUUGUGGAUUAGAUUUUGGACGCCCAGGAUUCAUCCGGUUCCGGGAGCAUCGCUUCCAUACGUCUUUAGACAAAACAAGGAGGUUUUAUCCUCAUGUCAACAACAUGGAUGGCUUUUUCGUAGCCAAGCUGAAGAAGAUGAGCAACACAAUUCCAGCCUCGUCCGAGUCAUCUAAAGAGCCCGAAGAAGCAGCGGAGGGCGUUGUUGACCCAAACCAGGAUGAGGAAGAUGAGAAAGAUGUUCCUGAUGGGCAAUCCACCAAGUCGAAGAAUCAUAAACAGGGAAAGAAGAAAAAUGAACAAGCAAGUAUCCCUGAAGGGGAGGGGGACCAGAGCCAGGCACCUGAAAGACCAGCAAAGCACCCCAAGAGCAACAAAGGAGUGAAGAAAAGUAGUGGCCCUAAAAGUGCUGAAAUGAACGGAGAUAAGAAAGGAACACGCGAUGAACAAACAGAGCAUGUCAAGAGUCAGAAGGGUUCCAAGAAAAGUAAAGGCCCUAAAAAUGCUGGAAUGGAUGUAGAUGAGAAAGAAACACCCAGUGAGCAAACAGAGGAGGUCAAGAGCCACAAGGGUGCGAAGAGAAGUAGUGGACCUAAAAGUGCUGGAAUAAAUGGAGAGAAGAAAGAUGUGCCCGAGGAACAAACAGAGCAGACCAGCCACAAAAAGAAGCAUGUGUCUGAUAAAAUUAAGAAGUCUGGUUCCAAGAGCACCUCAGGGACCAAAGAGAAGAAACCGGUGUCCAAUGAAGGAAGCAAGAAGAGGAAAAGGAAAUGGCAAUUCAAGCUGAGGCGGGACUGGAGGCAAAACAGAAGUCGGAGAAGAGGACGAAGGUAUAAGAAUUGA